AUGAAUCUUGAUGAGAAAGGCUUAGGUUUUGAGUCCUCAAGCUUCCUUGCAUGGCUUAGAGCAUCUUCAAAUUCUUCUUCUCCUUCUGUAUUAUUCCGUACGAAGACACAAGAUGUUGUAUCAAGAUCAUAUCACCAAAGUCAGAUGAAGUUGGAACGAUCUCUAUUCUUAUACCAACCACAAGAACCACUCAACACAAACACUAUUCAAUGCUUGCCUCUUCUGAACAAGCUCAUGGAAGAUGAAAGUCAAGCAUCUGAUGAUAUCAAAGAAGAGAUGGAUGAUGAUGUAGUUACCCUCCGAAUAGGAUUGCCUACCUACCACCGUGGUAACUCGGAGGAGGAUGACUCUGAUACAACUUCUGAUCAUCAUCAGGAAAAACCCAUCAAGAGAGAGAUGACAGAAGAUGGCGUGGUGAUGAUGAAGAAAAGGAGAACGAUGAAGUUUCAACAGGAGAUGAUUGAUUCUGAUAUGGGAGUCUGUGGGAAGAGGUUUUGGAUACCAAGUCCGGCUCAGAUUCAUGUCGGUCCAAUGCAAUUUGCUUGCUCUAUUUGCAGCAAAACCUUCACUAGGUACAAUAACAUGCAGAUGCACAUGUGGGGACAUGGAUCAGAGUUCAGAAAAGGAGCUGACUCUUUGAAGGGUACAACUCAACCUGCGGCUAUCCUGAGGCUGCCAUGUUAUUGCUGCGCUGAAGGAUGCAAGAACAACAUCAACCAUCCUCGUGCCAAGCCCUUGAAGGACUUCCGUACACUUCAGACACAUUACAAACGUAAGCAUGGCUCCAAGCAUUUCUCUUGUGGUAAAUGUGGCAAAGCGUUGGCUGUCAAAGGAGAUUGGAGGACUCAUGAGAAGAACUGUGGAAAGCUUUGGUAUUGUACAUGUGGAUCAGAUUUCAAGCACAAGAGGUCUCUUAAGGACCACAUCAAGUCCUUUGGACUUGGACAUUCUCCUCACCCGUCUCUUUCUUUUGAUGGGUUUGAAGAGGAUGUGGAAUGUGUCACUACAGAGUGAUAGCCAUGUUAGAUACACACACCGGGUGACUGUGGGAAUCGUAGAUCUAUCGGUAAGAUCUGAAUUUUCCAACGUUGCUUCAUAACUAUGCACCACAAAUUAAACAUCUCAAGUCUACCAAAGAAUUUCUAUCUUGAAAAGGGAGAAAUUCUUUGUUAGACUUAGACUAGAUGUAUAAAAAAAUGUAGCUAUUUUAAACCAUAGAAAAUGAAGCAACAUUUUAAAAUUUAGAUCUCUUUUCUUGGGAUAUAUUUACGAUGCGUCUACAUGUAGAACCCGGUGUCUAUCUAAUACUUGAAAAUUUGAGAUAUUGGUUUUAUGUAUUUGGUGUGUUUAAGUAGGACAAUGCAUGUUAUAUCAUAUUUCUUAUUUAAUAAGGGUGUGAUAAUCACACUGUGAUUAUCUCUUGGAAUUUUGUGAAGCACGUGAAUUUUCUGUUUCUCUCACUGUAUUUGUUUGUAUUAGAAGAGAAAAUUGGUGUGCUUCACUUCAUUAUUGUACGAUAUUCCUCAAUAGAUACUCUUCCUAUAUUUUCUUAUUGUAGUCUAUCUUUUCAUUACAUAUCA